AUGGGAUCUGACACGUCCAAACCAACCAACAUGAAAGGGGAUUUAUAUAUCUCUCUAGAAGAUAAAAAUGUAAUUGCAGGAGACUAUGUCCGUGGGAACGUUCAUGCUCAUCUUAAAGAUUCCGUUGCAAGCCCAAAGCUCAUUGUCUUUUUCCGAGGAAAAGAAGUUGUAGAAUUUCUCACAGAGCACCAAGAAAGCAAUGGCGAUCAUGGUGCGAUUACUUAUCAGAUAGACCACAGUGGCAAACAGCUUAUCAAAAAAGGCAAAGCCAUUAUAUUCAAUAAGCCAAAUAUGACAGUUCCUUCUGGGAAUUAUUGUGUUCCUUUUAGAUUCAGACUAUAUGAAGACCUUCCGCCAAGCUUCAGUUCAGCAGUUUUCACUAAAGGUGUUGCUAAGCUUGAGUAUAAAAUCGGUGCCUUGCUCGAUGUCCAGGGUAUCGAAAUAAUGAAAUUCAAGAAGCCAAUUAACGUUAUGUCUAAUUAUUUUCCUAUUCUCCCGGAGCUCUAUCCUCGACAGAUUAGUCAUGAAGUUCAUGGUUACAACAAUACAUUAUGAUGCAUCAACAAUGAGAAAGCCUCGUUAAAAGUGUGAAUUGAAAAGGCAACUUUUGGGCUAGAUGAGUCCAUUGACCUCUUUGUAGAAGUAGAUCUUAAAAACUUUUCUUCAGAUAUCAGAAGAGUAGAGGUCGAAAUCAAUAAAGUUACAACUGUGACCGCAAAUAAGAAAAAUUGUAUUACGAAAACUCAGUCAAAAAGUCUGUGAAAAGAUACAUUUAAGACAGAAAUUUUGGCAAGAUCGGGGACUCAAAACAGGAAAUUCAGCAUUCCGGUAGCUGCAAUACUGAGAAAUGAUCGAACGUAUACUAUGAAGUCAUGCUUAAUUAAAUGUCAAUAUAUUGCAAGGGUUAGGAUGCAUACUGAUUAUAAGCUUUUCAGAUGCACUGGAUUCCCAGCAAUCGAACAAGGGAUCGUUAUUUUACCAUUUAAAGCAAAUGGAAUGCCCGAGCCUUCUACUUCAGCGAAGCUUGACAGCUCUAUAUCUCCAUUGAUAAGCCAAGCUUCAACUGCUGAUGAGGCAUAA